AGAAUGGGAAUCUGGGAAUGAGAAUUCUUACAUUCUUGUCCAAAGAUCAUUGGUGAAUGACCCCAUUUUUCCAGAAAAGCAAAACUUGGCCAUAAACACCUAAAAUGAAGAGCCCCCGAACUUUUGAGGAGCAAACGGAAUGCAUUGUAGACUCUCUACUCACAGACUUCUUAGGUCCCACUUGUCAGGUUGCCAACCGGACCCUACGUUGUGCAGACGAACCAGAUUCAGGAGAGGUCUGCUCUUUUGAUGUGGCCAUCAUUGUUGGUCGCCUUCGGAUAUUGGGUGACAAGUUCAAUGGAGAAUUGGAAGCUCCUGCCAGAAACAUCAUCGCAGAAACCAUUCAGGGACAGGCAGGAGCUGUACUUCAGGACACAGUAAAAUCUCUCAGCAAGGCCUGGUGUGCCCAGGAUUCCAGCUUGGCUUAUGAGAGAGCCUUUCUGGCAGUGUCAGUGAAACUUCUUGAAUAUGUGGUCCGCAUGACUCCUGAGAUGGCAAGACAGGUGGCUACGCCCAUGACAAAUAUGAUCAGUGGGAACACUGCCAUCCGAGAGUAUAUCCAGGGCCAGGGAGGUUGGGUAAGUAUUUUGGGGCCCCUGGCUUUGCUAGACAUUUGCAUUGUUUUUGUACUAAUCUCUGGGACUCCAAUCGUGGUUCUUUCCAUCAGUUGGAAACCAUGCAGGAAAACUGGCCUUCCAACUUUGCUGAAAAUGCCGGGAUUUUUUUGCCAUGGAAAAGGGGAGGAGUCAGAAGCUCAGCCAGCGGGCCUUGGACCCCAGAGCCAGGCUGCCUAAAAUGUUGACUGCUAACUUUGUCAAGCUAAUUUCCGUUUCCUAUACAUAAUCAUCUAUGAAGUAUAUUAGUGGUGGAGUUCUAAUCUCAAGUCUGACUUUGCUCUACUGGUAAAUUUCUGGGUCUUCUUUCCCUAACAUCUUUUGAGUGUGUGUUGAGGAAGUUCAGAAUCAUCUUACUAUUAUCUAACAAAAAACAAUUAGUGACAUCUGCUGUAGUGGUAACGGUAGGAGGCAUUCUAAGUCCAUGCCUUAGUAAUCAUUAGAACAUCUGCUCUCUUAGAGCACUCCCCUUCAUUUCCAAGAUCAGCAGAAGCCUUAGUAAGAGCUGCCUUCCCUGGAGUUAUCUGUGGGUCAUUCUGGCUUCUUUAGGGAGUUCCUGAAGACCAUUCCUUUGACUGUAGGCUAUUCAUUGUCCUUCCUAGGAAAAUCUGGAGAGCUGAAGAAGAGGUGGAGCUGUUUCCCAGCCUGAAAAAUUUUGAUCUUCUUUGACUGAUCGGGUGAUUGAUCUCUGGCAAUUAAAACAGAAACAACCAAAUCAAAACCCUCUUUCUCUUGGACAGAACUGAACUUAGCUGAAUAACCUGUUUUCUGCUGAUUGUUAAAGUUAGGAGCAGCUCCCAGAGGUCUAUAGAGAUUUUAUACUUUCUGUUUUUACAUGAGUUUUAAUGAGGUUUUGUUGAAGUAGAGACCUCCAGACUUAAAAUAAUGACUUGUUAGUAGUGGCAUUCCAGGCAACGGGGCAGGCAUUUGCUGGAGAUACUGUGGGGAAAAGGGAGCACACAGUAAACCAUUCCUUCAGAUUUAGUCCUGUCCCCUGGUAAGGAUCUUGUCUACUAAUUUUGCGGUCUAAAGGGUUUCAGGGAGAUCUUUGGUUAGAAAACCUUGUUAUUUUAAGUUGAGGAUUUUCUUUUAAAUUCAUAACCUAAAUCUCAUAUUAAUUUCACCUGAGCCCAAUUAUUUUAUGUAUUUUCAAGGCUGGAAGCAAAAAAAUAGCACUUUGUUCAUCUGCUCUUCUACUAGGAAGGCCAAAGAGCGAUAAAACAGUUGCUGCAUUUUUAUUGCCACAGGAUGCAGGAAGUGCUGGCCCACUUCUGGGACAGUAGGGCCAUCCCAGCUUAGAUGAGGCUAGCUACAUACCACAGUGUUUUUCAAAGUGCAGUUUACAUACCACUUGCAUGUGACCUUAUACGUUGCUGAUUUCUAGGCCCCAUCCCCUAGAUAUUCUGAUUCUGUAGGGAAGGGCUGGGGCCUAGGUUCCUAACUUUUUAAUCAGAUCCACUGGUGAUUCUAAUGUACACAUAAAUUUUGAGAACCGUCACUUUAGAGCAAGGGUUGGGAAAUUAGAGCCCACAGGCCCAAUCAGCCUACCGCUUUUUAAAUUUUUUUUUUGUAAAGAAAGUUUUAUUGGAAUGCAAGUACACUCACUUGUUUACAUAUUAUUCAUGGCUGUUUUAGCAUCGCAGCAGCAGAGUUGAGUAGUUAUGGCAGACACCAUAUAGCCUCUCCUGUAAAGCUUAAAAUAUUUACUAUCUGGCCCUUUAAGUUUGCAGACCCCUGCUCUAAAGCUAAAUGAACAUUUCUCCUUGAGUAAUUUAAACUCUGUUGCAAUCCUGAUAAUUCCAAACAGAACUCUAGAUAGGAUAAGUCCUUUUUCAGAAUUUAGUCUGAGUGUUUGUUAGUUUUUGCGUAGUCCACACUUUCUCUAGAAUCUUUGGCAAAAAGAGUUCGGUGACUCCUGAGUAUUCGAUAGAAGGUAUAUAUUUCCCUGGCCCUGCCGCAAGUGAUUGGAGGUAAAGCAUAUGGUUUCUAUGGUCUGUGUAUCUCAUAACAGUUCUUAAUAAUCUCAUAGAUUAGUAGGCAGUCAUCAAAUAGAGACUUCUUCAUCUCUAAGUCCCCAAACCAGACAAUUUACCUGAACAUCAAGAAGAAAAUCACUACUAAAGCAUUGCUAUAUCUAUUUUUUUAAGAGAGGCGUUAAUGGCUUUGGCUAAAGUUUAACAAAGUUAACCACAUCCCCUCCCUUCACCCAGCCAGCCAUCUGGCUCCCCUAGAUACACAGAAAUAAAGCUGUAGUGCUGUUAAUGUAUUCUGACUUUUUCAAGUUAUGCUAUUUCCUCUAUUCUUCAAUAAAUCACAAUUAGGUUAAGUAAUCCAGAAAUGAGAUUUCAUGUUUCUCUUUAGAAGAAAUUAGCUUUUUUUGCUACCAAUUUAAGACACUUGAUGUAUUCCUUUGUCCCUUACAUUACUGUAAACUCAGCAUGGUGAGUUUUGUGGUAUUUGACCUCUUAGGUGAAAUCAUUAUUUUCACUUUGACUAAUGCUGUUCUGUUCAUGAAAUAAAAUUCUUCUCUGUAUGCAUUUGAACUAAUUCUCAGCAAGUGCAAUCUAAAUUGAAUGAUAUAGAAAUAGGGAGCAGAUUGGUGGUUGCCAG